GAAAGGGGCGUCGUCGAGGUAUAAAGGUGGGGGAGAAUUUCGAUGACCGACCAGUCGAUCGUCAAACCUGUCAUUGCGUUGACGGGUUACCUGCGCUUUUUUUUUUAACACGGAUCCACCGAUUUCUAGUAUUGACGAAAUAAACGAACUAAAAAUGGAGUGGACGCUGAUAUUUUGCUGCCUCCUUAGUGUAGCCAUUGUGCAUGGAAGAGGCUUCUAUUUCCCCGAUGAAGUUGAGUCGAAGGCGCAAAGCGGCGCCUGGGCCGAUGGCUUCGGAAAUUCCCAAGCCAAUGCCAAUGCCAAUUCCAAUGCCAACAGGUCGCCGUUGUCGCUGUACGAGGACGACUAUGACGGCUACGGUUCUCAGAAUUUCCCCAAUCGAUAUCCUAGUCAAGGGUACAACCCGUAUUACAACAGACCAUCUUAUAACGUGAAUCCCUACCCGUCUCUCAAUGGUCAUUUCCACAGUAAUGCACAAUCGAACUCCCAGAACCUAGGAAACCAGUACGGUAAUGGAGGAGCCAAUGCCGCUGCAGCUGCAGCAUCUGCAGGAACAGGCUUUGUAAACGGCCUCCCAAUUGCCAGUGCCGCAGCCGCGGCUGCUGCUGCCGGCGCAUCGUCAAACGGUAAUGGAGCUUCAUCUGCUGCUUCGAGCGCGUCUGCCGGUGCUGGCGGUGCUUCUCGCUAUCCCGGCUCCCAAUAUCCGGAUUUGCCUUACCCUGGUCUUUACGCGAAUAAUUAUGGUCAUCGUCAACGACAACCUUGGCUGUAUCGAAGUGCAGGUGAUUACGACUCCAAGAACUUCGAUAUUGUCGACACGAUUGUCAAAGGUGUCGAUAGCAUUGUUUUCGACCAUUGAGGAUAGGCGCGGUUAUUAUUGCUAAGACAUAACCGGUUCCACUGGAUAUUUCUGUCUGUGAAUAUACGAAUCGUUGCCCUCAAAGCUUCACUAAGUUUUCGCCCAAAUUUAAAGUUGAACGUGGUUGAAGCUACUGCGUUGAGGAAUAAUAGAUUUAAGUGCAGACAUUGGAGGAUAAAGUG